GUUAACUUGUUUGGUCUUGUUGUUAAUUGUUAAUAGGAUGAAAACAAUCUUUAAUAAAGUUCGUGAUGAAUUUCCAGGAUACAUUAGUCAUUUUAGAGAUGCAGGAAUUGUAGAUGAUCGUGAUUUUUCAGAGAUUAUUUACAAAACCUUAAGUGAACUUUUUCCUUUAAAAACUCAAAUACUUUUAAGGGCAAAGUUAUGGAAGCUCAUUCAAACCGAGUUAAAAAAGGUUAUGCAUGAGUUAAACAUAUCAGACGCUGAUUUUCAUGAGAAUAUAACAUCUGAUACUUCAUUAAUUGAUGUUCAGAUCACAAGUCAACAAACAUAUUUAGAGUUUUUGGAUACUACAGACCAAGAAAAAAUAAAGAUAUAA